GUCGCGCUGCUGACGUCACGGCAGCGGCAGCCAAUAGGAAGGCAGGGGGAGGCGGACCGCCCGUGUUUGAAUUCAGCGGCUGGGGCUUGGCAGCGGUGGCCGUUUUUUUUUGCUGAGCUGCCUGCGGCGCGCGUGCAGCAGAGAAAAGUUUCAGCUGUGUGAUCUGAGAAGUUCUUGGAAGCAAAAAGGGGGAGAACAGGACUAUCGUUAUGUCUGCUGCUAAAGAAGAGGAUGUCUGUAGUCAUGUGAAAGUGGUGGUCCGUGUCCGUCCAGAGUCUCAAAAGGAAAAAGAUGGCAACUUUAGCAAAGUGGUUCAUGUUGUAGACCAGCAUAUAUUGGUCUUUGAUCCAAAGGAGGAAGAAGUUAGCUUCUUUCAUGGGAAGAGACUAGCCCAUAGGGAUAUCAAUAAAAGAAAAAAGAAAGAUCUUAAGUUUGUGUUUGAUGCAGUUUUUGCUGAAAGUUCAUCUCAGUUGGAAGUUUUUGAACAUACUACCAAAAGCGUACUUGAUGGCUUCUUAAAUGGAUAUAAUUGCACAGUGCUCGCCUAUGGUGCAACAGGAGCUGGAAAGACUCAUACAAUGCUAGGCUCCCCUCAAGAUCCUGGAGUGAUGUAUUUAACCAUGAUGGCACUUUAUAAUUGCAUGGAUCAAAUAAAAGAAGAUAAAAUAUGUAAUGUUGCUGUUUCUUAUUUAGAGGUCUACAAUGAACAGAUUCGUGAUCUGCUGGUAAACUCAGGACCUCUGGCUGUUCGUGAAGAUGCCCAGAAAGGGGUAGUAGUUCAAGGGCUAACAUUGCACCAGCCUAAAUCUGCAGAGGAAAUCCUUCAAAUGUUGGAUUAUGGAAAUAAAAAUCGAACGCAACAUCCUACAGAUAUAAAUGCCUCCUCUUCUCGAUCCCAUGCUGUCUUUCAGAUUUAUUUAAGGCAGCAAGAUAAAACAGCGAGUAUUAGUCAAAACGUUCGCAUCGCCAAGAUGUCCCUUAUUGACCUGGCAGGAUCUGAACGCGCCAGCGCUACAAAUGCCAAGGGGGCUCGUUUUAGAGAAGGAACAAAUAUUAACCGCUCUCUGCUAGCCCUCGGAAAUGUCAUUAAUGCCUUGGCAGAUCCAAAGAGCAAGAAACAGCAUAUUCCUUAUCGAAACAGCAAGCUUACUCGUUUACUGAAAGAUUCUCUUGGAGGAAAUUGCCGAACAAUAAUGAUAGCUGCCGUUAGUCCAUCUUCUAAGUUCUACGAUGAUACAUACAAUACUCUUAAGUAUGCAAACCGAGCAAAGGAUAUUAAGUCUUCUUUGAAGAGCAAUGUUGUUAGUUUGGACAGCCACAUAAGCCAGUAUGUUAAAAUUUGCAAUGAACAAAAGAAAGAGAUCAUAAUGUUGAAAGAGAAACUGAGAGAAUAUGAAGAGAAGAAAGCAGCCAUUCCUGAAAAUCAUGGUACGGCAGUACUUUCGAACCAACAAGAGGAAAUACAAAGAUACCAAGAAAUCCUUAAAAAUGUGUUCACAAACCGUGAAGAAAUCAGAAAAGAAUACCUCAAGUUGGAAAUGCGUCUGAAAGAAAAUACAAUGAAGACAUAUUACCAGAAACAAUAUCAUGAACAAAUUCAACUGAUGUGCUCUGAAGAAAGAGUAGAAAAGGCCACAUGCAAGCGGGAUCAUAGGCUUGCAAUGCUUAGAACCCACCGCACACACAUGCAGAAGAAGAAAGAAGAGGAGGUGAAUCAUUUUGAGGAAAAUACAAAUUGGCUGCAUCGAGUUGAAAAUGAAAUGCGCCUCCUGGGUCAAGAUGGGUGUAUUCCGAAGGAACUCUCUAAAGAUCUUCAGUGUUGUCAUUUAAACCUAGAAGUUAAAGACUUGAAAGCCCAGAUUGAGCACAUGUUGUCAUUGGUGUCCCUUCAAGAGCAGCACCAUAAGCAGACAGAAAAAGUACUAAAUGCUUUGCUUCCAAUUCUUCGCAAACAAUACCUGACUUUGAAAGAAGCUGGGUUGACAAAUACUUUAAUUGAAGCUGAAUUUGCAGAGGUUGAGCAGCUGAUUCAAAGACAAAAAUCGGUAGUUUGGGCUGACCAAACUGGAGAUGAGGAACAGAAUCAAAAACAUCCAGAGACGUCAGUUAUUUUUGUAUUUCCACAACUCGUGAGCAAUCCAAACACCCCGUGCCGUAUGCAUUUUGGUACACCAUCAGAAGAAAUUAAGAAAAGUACAAAACAAAUAGAAUAUGCAGUCCCACCACAGAAAAGAACUAGGCGAAAGCUAAUGGACUCUCCAGUCACAGCUCAAAGUCCUGCUGCUUCCAAGCCCUCCAGCCUCCACCAUCUGGAGGAUUCCCUCAGCAAGGAGGUUCGCCCUAUUGUCUAUACACCAGAAUUUUGCAGAAAGCCACUACAAAGCUGCUGUACACAGACUGUGGUAAAGCAAGAUGUACAGACUGCAGGCCUUCAGGUGGCAAAUGACUGUAAAAUAGAUAUGCGACUGAGGAAGGACAGUCUGACGGAUUCUACAUGUAAUGUUAUCCCAGAGUGUGAUGAAGCUGACAUGGACUCAACAGUAAUUCUCUAUCAAGCUCCAAGUAAAACAAAUGAAGUUUCUGCUGACUCAUCUGGAAAGGAGUCACAGCCAUGUAGCAGUAGCAUUCUGCAAAGACUUGGUCUCUCUUCCUUGAAAAACAAAAAUUCUACUGUGGUACAUGAAAAGCCCUCGUACAUGGCAAUGACUUCUGCUGCUGAGAGAAAAAGAAAGAUGUUAAGUUCUACAUCAAACACUGGAUUAAGUAGCCUGCAAGAUACUGUUUCUGCAAAACGUUUUCGACAAGAGAUCUUGUUAAGCCAUAGAGCUUUGCGGGUACCCAGAAUGGCAGGUACUAAAACAAGGAGCUGGAAGCAAGAACAGGAUAUGCCAAGAAACCUCGUUAGAAGCCUUUCAGAAGGAAAUGUAGCAUCACGUGUUAAAUCAAGGACUUCAAAAAAUCUUUUACUUCAUGUUUGUAAGAAGAAAAAUAGGAUAUAAUUCUCAGUUCAUCCAUAUUUUAAGCAGGACUGAUAGAUAGCAAGUGAGAACAGGGUGACUUUCAUUUUCUCCUCGUAAUGUACUUGUUGAAGAUGCAUAUCAACUUAUGUCUCUUUCAGUAAUGCACUAUUCUAGAAGAACUGCUUCUUGGAGAUAUGAGGAUUUCAUUAAAUUCUAAAAUAAAUUAAAUUUGUUUCACUCUAGAGCUUACAAAUAUCUUUGGUAUAUUAACAAUUGAGUAAGAAAUUUCAUUUGGAUUUGGUAAUAGAGAAGUGCACAGUAUACCUUUUGCCAUAUCCUUUGUGAGCUUUUUCCCCUCUGUAUAUAACUGACACAUCAAAGCUUUUGCAUUUCCUGAAGUGUUAAGGGGUUGAAUGGUGCUAUAAUUUUUCUAGAAGUUGCUUUAAAUUGCUUACCUAUGUUCAGUCUUAAACUUUUUAAAUUUUUGUACCACAAAAUUAUCAUUAGAAAAUUAUUUUUACUGGCCAAAUAGUUUUCACUGAAAUUUCAUAAUGUUAAAAUUGUUUUUCAUUUGGAAGUGAAGCAUGUUCAAUGUAUUAAAAUACAUUCACGUUAAGUAGUAUGAUGCCAGUUUAUUCUUAGGUAUCAGUGCCAAUAUAGACAGAUAAUACUAAUGUAGUACGAGGAGACAGAAAUAUUCACAAAAAAGGUUUUUAAUGAAGUACUAUAUCUAAAAAUUUUUAGCCUUUCCAUUUUUAGUUUGUUACUUAACUUAAUUGUAAAUGUUCCUUCUUUGUAUUUCAGUGGGGAUUUUUAAGUAAUUCAGUUGUAAAUAGAAUAAUUAUGUUGAUUAUUUUGAAUAAAUUUUUAGCAGUUGUAAAUAAGAGUAA